AGGCGGUGCACUGAAGCACGUGGAUCCUCCCUCUUUACGUUGAGUUUUUGCAGCAGGUCGCGCGGCUGGAACUUCCUGUGUUCGUGCAUCAAAGGAAAGUGAAAUUUCGCUUCCACAUCACAGAACAGAUUUUUUUGGGUCGGCAGUGACAAGCGAUCUUCGAGAUGUCUUCUGGAAACGCUAAGAUCGGUCAGCCUGCUCCUCAGUUCAAGGCCACAGCUGUUGUAGACGGACAGUUUAAAGACGUUCAGCUCUCUGAAUAUAGAGGGAAGUAUGUCGUGUUGUUCUUCUAUCCACUCGAUUUCACCUUUGUGUGUCCUACCGAGAUCAUCGCAUUCAGCGAACGGGCCGCUGAGUUUCGUAAAAUGGGCUGCGAGGUCAUUGCCGCCUCCACCGACUCUCAUUUCAGCCAUCUGGCAUGGAUCAACACGCCCAGGAAGCAGGGUGGCCUGGGCUCCAUGAACAUCCCGCUGGUGGCUGACCUGACUCAGUCCAUCUCCCGUGAUUACGGCGUCCUGAAAGAGGAUGAAGGCCUUGCUUACAGAGGUCUGUUUGUGAUCGAUGAUAAAGGCAUCUUGAGGCAGAUCACCAUCAAUGACCUGCCGGUGGGCCGCUCGGUGGACGAGACGCUGAGACUGGUGCAGGCCUUCCAGCACACCGACAAAUAUGGAGAAGUUUGUCCUGCUGGAUGGAAACCUGGCAGUGACACAAUUGUUCCAGAUGUGCAGAAGAGCAAGGAGUUCUUCUCCAAGCAGUAA